AUGGCUAAGUCCGCUGUUGUCCACGGCAGCGAUCGUCAUGCGAUGGCCUUUGGUGCCCUCCUGAUGCUGGGAAACUCUGCGUUGCGGUCAUCGGGGCGUUGCUUCGAGGGAAUAUUGCUGAUCGUCGGCAUCGUCAGCUUGCUAUGGCAGCAGGCGCUCACAGAAGUGGCUAGUGACCAGACAGCUGUAUUAUUUGCAGUCCUGCAGAAAGCGAACUUCUUUGCUUACCAGGUGGCUAUGUGCAUCCUUGGUUUUGGGUUACACUCUCUUGCGUUCGGGGCUAUUGCCUGGGGUCUCGUUGGAUAUGCAGUGUUUGCGGUGGGCGCGAUAGCAGAAAUCUUUGGCUUCUCAAUCGGAGUCAUGCUGUCAGCGCCGGGUGGCUUAUUUGAAGUCACCCUGCCGAUCUGGCUCUUCACUAAAGGCUUCGCUCGAGAUGAAGGGUCGCAGUGGUGGAAUGCCGGCGAAGAACGCUACCUCACCUCCGGGCUGGGAGCACAACUCAGCGCCUUUGUCGAUGGCUGGAACUGGCCGCACGCCCUGUGUCUCCUGCGGAGCCACUCCCUGGCCGGCCUGACACCUCCGCUCGGCGUGUACGAUGCCCUCUUGUCCGCCUGCAUGGACCAAGGCCAUCUGGACCUGGCGAUAGAACUUCUCCACGAGUCGGAGCCCCAGCGGUCGCCGGCCUCCUUUCUUUGGACGCUGGCGACCCUGGGUGUCGAGGAACCAGCGGUGCUUCUUGGUGCCCUCGUCGAAGGGGCGCGAGUUCUGGAGGACCUCUCAGAGGAGGCCUUCGGCAUCGUCGCGGCCUGGCGAUCUCUGGCGCUGCUGGGUGUCAGUAGCCCGAAGUUGGAGGCCGCGCUGUCCAAGAUUGCCUUGGAGAGGCUCCCAGAAUGGAGUCUCGCCGAGAUCCGCGUGGCCGCGGCGGGGGCUGCCGGUGCUGAGGUGGCGGAUGUCGACUUCUUGCAGCGUGCGCAGGGCUCACUGCUACCUGACCUCACACGGUCUGCCAACUCUAGGGACGUGAAGGGCCUGGCCCGCUUCACCUUGCGCCGGCAGGGUCGCGAUGUGCUGGCUGUGGUCUUCGCAUGCCAGAUCACGGGCUGUUUGAAGCAGCGCUUCCUGAAGGCGGUCUAUGGCCUGUUCGCACAGCUUGGCCGCGUCUUGGACCGGCGACGCCCAACAGCAGCCGCCAAGCAGGCGGGUGGGGGCUUUGCAGCUGGCGAAGCCUUGCCGUACACGGCGCUGGCAUCUCCGGACCGCCCGGUGCUGUUCAAGCCGCCUGGUUGGGAGGUCUAUGGGGGUCACGUGGAGCCGCAGCUCCUGGACUACGGCAAAGUGAGUUUCGGACCCCGCCCGAUCUUCGAGGAUCGGGUUCACAACUUCGGCUUCCUGCACCGUCUCGACAUCCCGAGCUCCGGGCUGAUCCUGGCGGCGCAGAGCUAUGAGGCCUUCUACGAUCUGCAAGUGCAGCUGCAUGCUGGGCAACUGGAGCGUGACUAUGAUGUGCUGUGCCACGGAUUUAUGCCUCGGCAGCGCUCAGUGAGAGCUCGCGUUCGGUUCCUGGGCGAAGGGCCCACGCUCAGCGGGGGUCGCGGGAAGCUUGCCGUGUCGAUGGUCGAGCCAGUCACCCAUGGCUUCCAUGAGGUUGGCAUCCUCAGCCAUGUUCAGAUUCGCAUCCAUACUGGCCGGAGGCACCAGAUCCGCAGCCACUUGGCACAUCUUGGCCAUCCGCCAGUACGCGACAGGCUCUACACCAGCAUGGCCACCUACUUGUCCGAUGCACGCCUCUGUGCGCGCAACUGGCUGCACCGAUGUGGCCUCGCCUUCUUGGAUGCCUUGGGCCAGCGGCAAGAGGUAAGCUCGAAGCUUCCAGCAGAUCUCGUUAGCAAAGACAUGGUGAGGGAAGGCUUCACCUGGCUGAAAGCGAUUGAGGGCGAAAUGGGCAAGAAGUCGCCGAAGCCGGAGGUACUGGAAGCGCUGAGCCGCUCUUUCUACGAGGUUAUCCCCUUGCUCGACUCAGAAGACAAGGCGGCCAUCACCACCAUGGAGCUAUUUCAGCGGAGGUUGCGGGUGGUGACGAUGCUGUCGGACAUCGAGGCUGCGCAUUCGCAGUGGCGGGUGCUGCUGGCGGAAGACCCUGCCCAACAAGGCUACCGACUGGAGGAGGGCGUGAGCAACGAAUCUCCGAGUCCCGUUGCGCUGGAGACGAACGACUCCUCCUUCGUGUUGGCGAAUGAGAUCCGCGACCAGAUGAGCUACAUUGCGUUCUUUGUGGCGGACAUCGGCGAUGGCGAUGAGGAUUUCCAGGGCCGCCAGACGCGUUUGCUGGCAGAGUCGCUGCCACCAUCGCAGGGCGCAGCGAAGAAGAAGAUGUCGCUCGCCAAGGCGUGCCUGAGUACCUUUAAGGCCUUCAUUGCCACUGGCAUCCUCUUUAUGCCGCAGGCGGUUACCAAUGCCGGGUGGGCGUGGGCGCUACUGUUGAUGAGUGGCUCUUGCGUGAUUUCAACAGCCGGCGUGCUCUUACUGGGCCAGUGCCACCAGAGGUGCAACUUGUCCUAUCCGCUCAUGGGCCAGAAGGCCUACGGAGGCCUGGGAUACGCCUUGAUCGCCGGGCAGGUGUCCUUGUCCCAGUUCGGUUUCUGCACAUCCUACUUCAUCUUCAUCUCGUCGACCUUGCAGAGGGUCUUGGCGACAUGGAAGCUGCCCGUCCCUCCAACAGCGGCCAUCCUCUGUGCCAUUUCGUUCAUGAUGACUCCGCUGGGUUGGAUCCGGCGCAUCAGCAAGAUGAAAGUGUCAAACCUGAUCGGCGAUGCCAUCAUCAUGUUUGCUAUUGCCGCAGUCGCUGUGUCCGCAGUGGUCACGGUAUCGGAGAAGGGGAUUUCGGAGGAGGUGGUUGCGUUCGCCCCGCCAGAGAGGGUCAUGGUCUUUGCCGGCACGGCCGUCUACGCCUUCGAGGCCAUGGUUGCUGAAUAG